AACAUAUGCGACUCUGAGGUUUGGUCAACAAAAAGGCGUGUGGACAUUUUCCUAUAAAAUGCUGGAAUUUAAGAACCAAAGCGACUUUUGACUGAAAUAGAUACAUUCAGUUAUUGUAAGAAAAGAGACAGGAAAAUGGGUGAACGAAUCACCCUGUCACUGCACAUAAGUGAUGCAAAUGCACAAACACGUGCCUUCCGAAGCCAAUCUUUCAACAACCCUCCAACUUUAUCAACUCAUCGCUCCAGAAGAACGCUAAGCCUCCCAGCGAGAGAAAAACCGGCCAUUCCCCCGCCAAUCUCGGAGACUCCCGAGGACUCCCGACUGGAUGACGAAAUGCACCCCCCAGAACAACAGCCCAUAAAGAGUUACCCAGAAAACUGUCAUGACGAGAUGCAUUGGUUUACACCAAUAGCGGGACUCUUGAUUAGUCUUUUGUUAUACGUAUGGGCAUGCCUCCUGUCCUUAUCAGCUGACGACAAGAAAACCAUUUUCUGUAUCUCCCGCUCAUGAAGACAAGUUACGAUUCACUCUAUCAUUAAAUAACAUAUUAUUUGCAGUCUACGCUAAAAGCAUAUUCAAAAUUUAAACUAUUACUAUGACUAUUAGUUCGCUGUUUCUUGUUCUUCGUUACUGGUGUAAGCAAUUUUGAUGGCAUAGGCAAUUGACCCCUAAAUACUGUUUGAAAUAGCUUUCUAGGUGGAUCAGAUCAUUAAAACCGAAAAGAUUAGAUGUUAUGAACAAGAAAGAUUUGUAAAGUAGAAGACUGACAUGUCUCAACUACAGACUUAAGACAAAAUAAUUUUCAUCAGGCAAAACAAUGAAAUAGCCGUCCAGACAUCUCUUUGCCCGACAGGAUAAGUAGUUACAGGAUAA